UAACUGCAACGCCUCCGCCUGCUCCGCGGGCGCCCCGGUCCGUGGCCGCAGAGCGGGCUAAGCUAAGCGACUCAAGUUGUUCGGCUACCUUCUUCCGAUAAGUUGCAUAACUGCCGCGGCGGAGGCUGGGCUAGACUCUCCCCAGGCCACUGCUUUGGGCUUGUCAGCGAGCUACUCCCAUUGGGUUCGUGGUUUCUCUUUGUCAGUCAUUAAUCACCGCAAUCAGGUUGGCUGUUAGGUGAGGUUUUAGCAGCAGUGCGAAGGGGCCGAGCAGGAAAAAAGACCUAAGUUGGAGAACCCAGCAGCCAGCUCAGUUUUCACACUUCUCCAUGCAGUAGGGAGCCCAGCAGCUUGGAGCAUCACUCAUCCAGAGCUAGUGUAAUACGCCUAGACGCAGAGGUCAAGUUUCCUAAAGCCACUAAAAGCUGAAGAUGGAUAUUAAGCGUGCGAAGGAUUAUCUGUACUGGCUAUACUAUCAAUACCUACUGGUCACCUGUUGCUAUGUGUUGGAGCCCUGGGAGCAAUCCAUGUUCCAUACUAUUUUUAUUACUGUUUUUGCUAUGGUGGUGUACACAGCUUAUGUCUUUAUACCUAUCCACAUCCAUUUGGCUUUUGAGUUCUUCUCCCAGUUAUUUGGAGACCAGCGUGAAAGUACUGUUGCCAUUAUGAACUGAAUUUGCCAGGGUUGAUGAUGCAACAGCUACUAUGUGAAAUGUCUUCUUCCAUGUUGGAGUUGUUUGUUUAGAAAAAGGUUUGUGUUUGCGGAAACAAUGCUUCCUCGUACAAAAGCUAGCCUGCAUAAUUACCAUAACUGAAAACCAGAAUAAUGCACUGAUUCCUCACUGUAUAGUUCAUAUUUAAAUAAAACACGAGCACAGCUUUUAUUCUGUGACUGUGCAACACCGACUAUGGAAUGCAUUACUUAAUAUUCAACUUAUCUACUGAGAAUAGUGUUCCUAUGUAGUAGAUCCUCAAUGUAGAGAAAACAUAUGUUCUUUAACAGUUAGAGACCUUAUUUCUUUAUCACAGUGUGUCUAGAAUCAUGAUUUUUACACAUAUGGUUUUCACGCUCAAUCAGAAUUUAAUUUUAAUAGCACACAUGAAAAUGUAUUGCAAACAGCAAAAAGUAUCUAUGAUGGUAGUUGGUAGGCUAUUAUAUUUUUUGAAUACAAGAAAGCUGCUCCUCCCAGAAGGGUACAUGGCAACUACCUUGCAAAACAUGCAAUCUUUUUCCCCAUCCUAGUUUACAGCGUAUCAGAAAUGUGAGUCAAAUAUAACAUGACCCAAGCAGCUGAAGUCUGUUUGUUUUAGUAGUCUGCUAAUUUUUAAAAUGGAUGGUGUCAUGAUAUAAAGGGAUGGUUUGAGGGUUUUCUUUUAGAAAAUGAGAAAUCAAGACUAGACUAGCAUGAAUCCAAUUUUUAGUACCUAAGCUUCUGCUGCUGGAUUUAUGGUGGUUUAAUUGUAAUAAGAAUUUAUUAUACUGUAAGUAAUCUUGCAUUGUACUAAGAAUGAUGUACCAGAUAUUUAGUGAGUCUGACUUUUUUUGUUUACACUCAACUUUGCUUGUUACAAUCAUCAAUUUUUCCCCUUUCUACUACAAUUCAUUGGGGGAAAGCAAAGCAUGUGUUUGUGCUAAAGGAAGAUGAUCUAGUAAACAGAGUGGAAUUUUCUAAUAAUUGCAGAACGCUGAAGCAUUUAGAUGGAAGCUUUGAUACAGAGGCCUCCUUUACAAAGGAGAAAGGAGAUUUAUUAAAACUGCCUUUGGGGAGUUUCUUAAACCAUGAAAGCGUUUUAUUGUACAUCUAAAUCAAACAUGAAUGCCAAAGAGAAAGCUAUAUAUGCAGAAUACAUACCUUUUGCAACUGGCACUACUGCUAGUGAAAGUGAGAUGCAUAAAAUGUAAAUAGUUUUUGAAGUAUGUUUACACAAUUAUAGCAUGAAGAAAUUUUCUAAUUAUAUCAAGGGCCAUUGGGGUCCUGCAUGAUAAAAAGAAUGGCAAAUUCUGAUGUCAAAAA